AUGGCGAACAAUUUACAACAUUUUGUCACUGUAAUGCCAAGGGUCAUUCCAUUUCGGUCGUUACAAGAAAUUACAAAUAAUUUUGCAGAGGAGCAAGUGGUUGGUCAUGGUGGCUAUGGUGAAGUUUACAAGGGGAUAUAUGAGGGGGUAGAAAUUGCUGUGAAAAAGCUUUAUCUGAUGCCAUAUCUUGGUGUUGCGUAUAGCAAGCAAUUUGACAAUGAGCUUCUUAAUCUUAUGAGUGUCCAGCAUCAAAAUAUUAUCAAGUUAAUUGGCUACUGCUAUGAAGUAUAUAAUAAAGUUACUUUGCUCGAAGAACGAUAUAUUUAUGUUGAGUCAGAACAAAGAUUUCUCUGCUUCGAGUACAUGCGCCGUGGAAGCCUUGACAAACAUCUUUCUGAUGAAUCCGGCGGACUUGAUUGGCACACACGUUACAAAAUAAUCAUGGGAGUUUCUGAGGGUUUAAAUUUCCUUCAUAAUGGACUCAAAGAUCCAGUUUACCAUCUGGACUUAAAACCUGCAAACAUAUUAUUGGAUGAGAGCUGGAUGCCAAAAAUUUGUGAUUUUGGUCUGUCAAGACUUGUUGCUUCAACAAAAAGUCAUAACACAGUGGAUCGUAUAGGAUCACAUCCCUUCAUGCCACCAGAAUACAUAGUAAGGGGCACAAUAUCCAAGAAGUAUGAUGUAUUCAGCUUAGGUGUCACAAUCAUACAAAUAAUUGCAGGACCCCAAGGCUACUCCAAAUAUUCAGAUAUGUCUUCCCAAGAAUUUACUGAGCUUGUACACAUGAAUUGGCGGGGAAGGAUAGGGGGAACAUCAACACAUGUGGAAGAAUAUUGCCAGCAAGUCAAGAAAUGCAUCAAAAUUGCAUCAGAUUGCGUGGAGCAAGACAAAGAUAGAAGGCCCACUAUAGAAUAUAUCAUGGAGACGUUGGAACAUAUUGAAACGGUGACUCACAGAACAGUAAAAGAAGAAGAAGAGCUGUUGGAACAGAUAGAAACCCCGAUUCACAGAGCAAUAGAAGAAGAAAAUGAAGGAGAACAAGAGCAGGAGAAGUAUGGGCCAUGGGGAGGAAAUGCUGGGACAGCUCAUGACAUUGAGGCGGCAUCCCACCAGCUCCAUAGCGUAACAAUUCUUUGGGGCGAUGUAAUUGAUUCAUUUAAGUUUACAUAUAGCGAUCAUAGUGGGCAUCAACACAUUGUUGGUCCAUGGGGUGGUACUGGUGGUACCUUCCAAACUACGAUCAAACUUGGACCACGGGAGUUCCUGACAGAAAUUUCUGGAAAAUUUGGACCAUAUUCAUGUUCACAGUCCGAUGUGAUAACAUCACUUAAGUUUGUCACCAAUGAGGAAGAACAUGGACCUUUUGGUCUGGCAGGACUGGCAGCAGGAGAUCCUUUCCGCAUCAAAUUGGAAAGCAAUUGGGCUAUAGUUGGGUUUUUUGCACGUGCAGAGGGAUUUGUUCAUGCAAUUGGUGUCUAUGCGAGACCCAAUCGUUCAACCUCUUGA